AUGAACUUCUUCAAACGAAAGUUCUCAUUCACGGAUGAUGAAGGUGAUUCUGAUAUCACCACUGUAGCUUUCGAUGAUCCAGUGGGACCAUCUCCCCCAUCAGCGUUUUCAUUCCAAUCUAUAGCAAACAAAGUAUCCAGUACUAUAAGUGCUCCCACAUCGCCUGCACGGACUGGAGAAUCAUUAGUUGCAGCCUUGGAAAAGGCUCUUCAAGAUCGUUCUCGCGGUUAUCCUGUUAUGGGACCAGAUGCUAAAAUAUUAUUAGUUAUUGAUAAUCCUAUAGUGGAUUGGAGUAAAUACUUUCGUAAUCCAAAUGAGCCCCCCGUACGUGUUGAGCAGGCCGAUUUCUCAGAAAUAGACAUGAUGUGUACUGAACAUAGUUGCUUGAUAGAAAUCAACCAGCCCGAAAGAGACAAGAGAUCAUUCUGCCCAGACGCUUGUUUCAUCGGCUGUGGAGCAACUAAAUCUAGCCGAUCUAAAACAAUAUUACGAGCACUAAUUGCUGCCAAUAUUCCUUUCCUAAACACGCACUCGUCUAUGGUAGCAUUUAUGGAUAGAAACAAUUUGAAAAAGCAAUUAAGAAAAAUUCAUUACACUGAUGGAACGAAAAUACCGUUUCUUCCUAGUGUGCACUACCCCCAUUUUCAAAAAUUUCAUCCAACAACGAGUUUUCCUGCAGUAGUUUCAGUAAAUGAAGGUUAUCAAGGAUAUGGAAAAAUGAAAAUUAACACAAAAGAAGAACUGCUGGAUGUCGAAGGUCUUUUUCAGCUGUUAGGUAAAGGUGAUACAGAGGUUGAGGUUGAGCCAUAUGUUGAUCUCAAAUACGAUUUGCACGUUCAAAAAAUUGGAGAAGAUUAUAAAACUUUCAUCCGAAGAAGCAUUUCACAUAACUGGAAAAGCAAUGUUGGUUCUUCAAUUCUCGAGCAAAUUCCAACAUCGGAGAGACAUAAGCAAUACAUCCAAGCCAUAUGCCAACAUGUAGGUCACAUGAAUGUGUGCUCCAUAGACGUUCUAAUAUCAAAGGAAGGUUUUGAAUAUGUUCAUGCUAUCAAUGAUUGUUUAGUAUAUUAUGGUGAGAGUCAAGAGCACGACCGCAGAACUCUUUGUACUAUUGUUAAAACUAUUUUGCAAAGGAAUAUGAAAACGUAUCAUCAUCAUCUAUCUAGAGAACAAAGCUUGGAAGCAAAUAAUAAAACAACUGCUAAGAGACACCCUGUUUCCCAAAGUACAUCGGAUAUGCAACUGUCCCGACCACCGACUCAACGGAUCAACGAGCCAUCAACGGAGCAAAAUGCACGUACUCCCUCAAAUCACAAUGUUACUUCACAUCAUUCACAUACUCAUAACCAAGGUCAUACUUCUAGUCAAUUGCCAAACCAACUUCAGAGGUCACCACAACGUAUAGUAGUCGCUAAUCACAAUUCAUUACAUGGAAAGACUGUAGCCCCACAUCGCCAAAUCUCCAUUGAAGAUCCUAUUUCCUCCGCUACGACCACAACUGGCAGUGAUUCAUCAUAUAGCUCAUUAGCUGAUGACACAAUGAGUCAGUUAAAGCGGACGUUUGCUGGAAUCUUCGGUGAUGUCAACUAG